UACCCUUUGAGCUGAGUCUGAAUCGAUAAAAACAAGCAAAACCGAAGCCCUUGGAUAUACCAUACUCAUCCACCAUGACCACUGUUAAAAUUGAAAUGGACUGCGAAGACAUUGGUUUGCCACACAAAUCGCACCAAAGUCUAGUUGAUGUCUCCCCGGUUGAAGGGUUUGCCUGCAAGGUCAUCUGUGUGGAGAAGGACGGGAGGUGCAUGUUUAGGAGCCUUGUUACGGCCAGCAUCUCCUUGUUCCAAUUUGGCCGGAGGGACGAAUCCGGCCGGCCACAGAGGGAGCACGAUGCGGAGCUGGAAACUUGCUUGGCGGAUGAGUUUCGGAAGGCUGUUGUCAAGAUGAUGAAAGACAACUUGCAUUUGUACUCGCAGCUUGAGCAGGAAAUCAUCAACGCUAACCAGCCCAAGCUGACCAACUACCUGCAGUUUAAGGAUCGGCUUGAGGAUAUGCCAGGUGACCUUGAGCUUAACGCGGCAGCCAUGGUGCUAGAGAGACAAAUUGUCGUCCUAGAUACAGAUUUGAAGGCUAUUACGUCAUACGGGCAGGAUCAAUUCCCUGAGUCGUCUCCCCUGGCUAUUCGCUUCACGCGGCUUGGGCCAGAUUUUGGGCACUACGACGCAGUUAUCCUCAACACCACUGACCACCGUAUCCCGAAUACGACCAUCAAACAGUUCGUUGGCAAUAUUAAGAGGAUCUUCGGUAUAGGAACAGGGAAGUUUCUUUUCUUUCACUUUCUUGCGGAUGUGAGACCAAGACGAAUGAGCUACUUGACACCUCAGGUUGCCAUGACAACGCCGAUGGAUGCACCAGGAACCAGUCUGGCGUCGAAGAGAAAGCGUCCUGUCACCGGACGUCCAGCUCCCAGAGCACCACGGACAUGA